AUGUUUUUAAUUCUUGUGAUUAUUUUGCUCUUCUUGAUUUAUCUUUACGCUACCAGAAAUCACGACUAUUGGACACAAAGGAGUGUAAAACAUGACACACCCUGGCCACUAUUUGGAAAUCAUAUAAGGAAUGUGUUCGCCAUCAAAAGUCUAACCGCAAUUACUACUGAAUUGUAUAAAAAGUAUCCUAACGAGAAAGUUGUGGGAUACUUUACCGGAAAUACACCACAUCUGAUAAUCAGAGAUCCGGAUAUAGUAAGAGAUAUUUUAAAUGUGAAGUUUGAUCAUUUCCAUCCUCGUGGUUUAGGUAGGGACACAAAAAAGGAACCUCUUAUGGCCAACCUUUUCAGUGUUGAUGGGGAUGAAUGGAAACUACUACGUAAUAGGCUAACUCCAGCUUUCACGACCGCUAAAUUGAAAGCCAUGUUUCCGCUAAUCAUAAAGUGUGCAGAAAAACUUGAUGGAUUAGGUGAGGAUAUAGUAAACAAAGGCGGAGAGUUUGAUGCUCGGGAAUUGAUGGCACGUUUUACUACGGAUUUUAUAGGUGCUUGUGGAUUCGGAAUCGAAAUGGAUACUCUUAACAAUGAGAAUUCUUUCUUCAGAAAAAUCGGCAAGAAAGUUUUUUCACGUUCUCUAAAAGAUGUAAUGAUGUUUGGAAUGUGGGAAAUAUUCCCAGAAGUCAGAGGUAUGCUGAACAUGUUUGAUAAAAAUGUAGAAAAAGCGUUCAUUGAUAUUAUAACAAAAGUUUUCAAAGAACGCAACUUUAAGCCUUCGGGCAGAAAUGACUUCGUGGACCUCCUUCUGGAUUUAGCAGCGAAAGGCAAAAUAACUGGCGAUUCCAUCGAACACAGAGAACCGGAUGGUUCUCCAAAACAAACCGAAAUGGAUAUGGAUCUUAACUGUUUAAUUGCCCAAGUGUUUGUAUUUUUCGCUGCCGGUUUUGAAACGUCUUCCUCGGCUACGAGCUACACUUUACACGAGCUUGCUUUUCACCCGGAGAUACAAUGCAAAAUACAGACUGAGAUCGAUCAAGUUCUAUCGAAGUAUGGCAAUCAAUUGUGCUUUGAUGCCGUAGCAGAGAUGACAUUCUUAGAAAUGGCUUUCAAGGAGUCCUUGCGAUUGUUCCCGUCUGUGGCUACGUUGCAUCGAGAUUGCGCGAGGAGAUACACAAUCGAACAACUCGGGUUAACUUUAGAACCGGGCGUUAAAAUUAUUAUUCCACUUCAAGCGAUGCAAAUUGAUGGGAAAUAUUUUAACAAUCCUGACGAAUUCAUACCAGAAAGGUUUACCAAGGAAGAAGAUACCGCGAGACAAAAGUAUAUUUACAUGCCUUUUGGUGCAGGGCCACGAAGCUGCAUAGGUGCUCGUUUGGGCCAGAUGCAGUCGCUCGCAGGUCUCGCCGCCAUCUUGCACAAAUUCUCCGUGGAGCCGGGAGAGAAAACACAAAGGAAACUUAAAAUAAAUCAUCGCCUCAACGUUGUACAAGGCGUCGUGGAUGAGCACCUUCAAAAGCUGGGUUUCCGUGUAGACCUUGUUCCCGUGGAUUUCGUAAACUUCUGCAUGCUGGAGAUGUGUGGACACGAGGUUUUUAGAUGCAACAUAAAGAAUCUCUCCUUUAACACGGCAUCUGAACGCGACGUGGUCUGCCGACGGGCCAUCAAUGCCGUCGUCGACUCCAGCGCCAAGUUCCUCAGAACCAGGAACUACUUGUGGUCGUGGGCGUUAAUAGACGACCAGAUAUUCAGGAGCGAAUAUGCGCCAAAAGACUACUGGCCGUUUGAUGUAGAGAAGAACUUCGACACGUCUCUAGAAUGUACUGAGUGCUGCGGGAUUAUUAAGAAAAACACAUAAGUGUGUGUAUUUGA